AUGGCGGUGUAUUUUGACCACCGUAUCGAUGCCCCUGAAGGCAGUGAAGUGCCCUCUCAGUUGACAUGGCACUCGUCCCUUUCUGUUCUGGCUGUUGCCUCGAGCAGCUCCACCAAUGGAGGCAAUGUAGACCUCUACCUGCAGCAGGGAGAGUUUGUGGAGAAAUGCCAUUUAGAACGUCUUCACCCGCCCACAGUGAUGCGCUGGCAUCCCACAAAGCCUCUGCUGGCACUAGGCUGGGAGAAUGGAGAGGUGGUGCUGCUGACACACUCCUCUGGAGAUCAAACUGUCCUUCCAAGCACACAUGCAGCCUGCAUCACACUGCUGGAGUGGAGCAGCUCCGGCAGCCGCUUAGUAACUGGUGAUGAGACUGGAGCGCUUGCAGUAUGGAAGGUAGAUGCUAGAGGGAGACUUCAAGGAAAUCAUCUUGUGAAGCAUGAAUACAAGAAACCUAUCACUUGCUGCAUCUUCAGACCGGCUUCACCUGGGGACGAUGUGGCAAUGCUGGCCCGGGCGUCAGUGAGUGGAGAUGAGAGGGCUCUGGACAAGUUCAGCUGGAAGGGAGCUCCUCUCAAGAUGGGCCCACAGGAGGGGCUCGCAUUUUACGUCAGCACUGCAGAUGGUAAAGUCCACAGUGUGGAUGAGAACUGUAAAACAAGCACACUUCUCAGUGUCGAUGGUUCAAUCAAGAAACUGCUCUUCCUGGAGAAACGAGAGGUGCUCGCUGUGAUCACAGAGACCAUGAUGCUGUCACAGUACACGCUUGGGCCUGAGGGAGGGGCCCAGGAAUUUAUGAAGGUGAAGUUGAGCAGCAAGAGUGGGCAGAAUGUGGAUAUUGUCUGGACAGAGAACGGUCUCCUCAUCACAGCAACAGGAGAACAGGUUAUCAGGCUGUGGGACCUGGACGGAGACGACAACUAUGUUUUGGCUCUCGAGGAGACUCUGGGGUUUGAGAGAGGAGAGAUGAUCAACUGUGUUUCAUACUGUACAGGAAAAGAAAUCUUAGCAGCUGGUACCAGCCAUGGACGCAUAGCCAUGUGGAAGAUGGUGCUGCAGCCCGCUGGAAGAGGUGACACCAAGGCCUUGUGGAAGCUACAGACACCUACAGAAAUAGAAGGAAAUGUCCUUCAGCUUCAGUGGGGCUCGAACCUGAAUCUGCUGGCGGCCAACAAUUCGACUACAGUGCUGAUCCUGUGUGAGCAUGUGAUGUCUGCACACUUCAGCCAGCAGGUGGCAGCAGUGCAGCUCACCCCGACGCAGCUCAACAUCACUCAGUUCAGCUCAGGAGGGCACCUCCCUCUGCAGUCCGACAUGCACAUCAAGGGAGUCUGUGUGACUAAGGAUACAGUAACAGUAUGGAGUGGCAAGCAGGUGACUGUGUAUGAGCUUUCAGGAACAGCUCUUCGCAAUACAGGAUCGUUUCCUUGUGACUCCCCUGUCGUAGCUGCACAUGGUGAGAACCUCUACACUGUGGAACCAAACAGAGUCCAGAUUCGAACACCACAGGGCACCGUGAAGCAACUGCUGACCUUCUCCAAGGCAGAGGGCAACCCCGUGCUGCUCAGUGUGUGUCAGUCUUACCUGGUGGUGGGCACAGACACCGCACACAUUAGAGUAUUUGACCUCUCUCGAAGAGAUGCCAAAGCUCACAGCAGUGCUAAGAACCUGGCUGACCAAAUAUCCAAUCUGGGGGCCCUGAGGUCGGUCAAAUGUAACGCCAGCGGCAGCCAAGUCAGCAUCCUAAUCUCUCAGCUAAACGGGCGACCGGAUCACAAAGUGUACUUUUAUGACGUUGAGAUGGACACUGUGACAAACUUUGACUUCUUCGUUGGCCGACCAUCCAGCGGUUUAUUACAGACAGAAGAGAGCGAGAGGCAGCAGUUUCAGGGAACAGAGCUCAGCGGCCGCUGCCCUGUGUCUCACUUCUGGGAUGAGAGUGAACCUCGACUCUUUGUUUGUGAGACAGUGCCGAUCAGCUGUGAAUCUUCGUCAACUAGUUUCCUGGAUUCGAUGGACGUGUCGGUGGUGACGCUCUUCUGCACGCAGGAGCACGGGAUCCUCCUGCAGGACUGCUACCCCAAACCCUCCGGCCUGCAGGCGCUCCUCGCUCUGGAUGUGCCUUAUUAUUAUUUCAGCUGCAAGCACGGUGAGAAGGACCCAGGGUCUGCAGAGAUUUCAGCCACAGCACCAGCUCCUCCACAGAAGAGCCAGCUCCCCACCAUGGUGUCCAGACGAGCUCUCAGAGACUUUGUGGGCCUGGAGAACUGCGAGAAGGCGACCCGCGACGCCAUGCUCAACUUCAGCUUCUACCUGACCAUCGGAGACAUGGACGAAGCCUUCAAGUCCAUAAAGCUCAUCAAGAGUGAAGCGGUGUGGGAAAACAUGGCGCGGAUGUGUGUGAAAACCCGCCGGCUGGAUGUGGCACGCGUGUGUCUUGGGAAUAUGGGAAAUGCCAGGGCAGCAAAAGCACUGAGAGAGGUGGAGACGGAGCCUGAGCCAGAAGCACAAGUGGCUAUGUUAGCCAUUCAGCUCGGCAUGCUGGAAGAUGCCGAAAAGUUGUUCAAGUGCUGUCAGCGCUAUGACCUGCUGAACAAUUUCUACCAGGCUUCUGGCCAAUGGAAGCUGGCUUUGGAAACAGCAGAGAGCCACGAUCGCAUCCAUCUGCGCACCACCUACUACAACCAUGCCAAAUACCUGGAGUCUAUAGGCAAUAAGACGCUGGCCCUCACAUAUUAUGAGAAAUCAGACACACACAGGGUCGAAGUUCCCAGAAUGCUCCAGGAUGACACAUCGUCUCUAGAGAUCUAUGUUAACAAAAUGAAAGACAAGAACAUCUAUAAGUGGUGGGCUCAGUACCUGGAGAGCCAGUCAGACAUGGACUCAGCGCUGCGUUUCUAUGAGAGAGCUCAGGAUUACCUCUCUCUGGUUCGAGUCCACUGCUACAUGGGCAACAUUCAGAAGGCAUCUGAGAUAGCCAAUGACACAGGGGACAGGGCAGCGUCCUAUCACCUGGCCAGACACUACGAGGGCCAUGAAGACAUCAAACAGGCCGUCCACUUCUACACACGAGCCCAGGCCUACAACAACGCCAUCCGACUUUGUAAGGAGAACAGUCUGGAUGACCAGCUGAUGAAUUUGGCUCUGCUCAGUAACGCGGAGGACAUGAUGGAGGCGGCCUGUUACUACGAGGAGAAAGAAACCCACAUGGACCGAGCCGUCGCACUCUACCACAAGGCUGGUUAUGUUUCUAAAGCUCUGGAGCUGGCCUUUGCCACCCAGCAGUUCUCUGCCCUCCAGCUGAUCGCUGAGGAUCUGAACGAGUACUCCGACCCCGCCCUCCUGGCACGCUGCUCCGACUUCUUCAUCACGCACUCCCAGUAUGAGAAGGCUGUGGAGUUACUGGUAGCAGCAAAGAAGUACCACCAGGCCCUGGAGCUGUGUGUGACCCAGAGCCUGACCAUCACAGAGGAGCUGGCAGAGAGGAUGACGGUCACCGACUCAAAGGAUUUAUCUGAAGAGGCUCGAAAGGAGCUGCUGGAGAGGAUAGCGGACUGCUGCAUGCGGCAGGGGAAUUACCACCUGGCCACCAAGAAAUACACACAGGCGGGAAACAAGCUCAAGGCGAUGAGGGCACUUCUCAAAUCAGGCGACACAGAGAAAAUUAUAUUCUUCGCCAAUGUUUGUCGUCAGAAGGAGCUUUUCAUCAUGGCCGCCAACUACCUCCAGUCUCUGGACUGGCGGAAAAAUCCAGAUAUCUUGAAGACAAUCAUUGGUUUCUACACUAAAGGCAGGGCACCGGACCUGCUGGCUGGCUUCUAUGAAGCCUGUGCUCAGGUUGAGAUUGAUGAUUACCAGAACUAUGAAAAGGCUCUAGAUGCUCUGACUGAGGCCUUCAAGUGCGUCUCAAAAGCAAAAGACCCUUCAGCGGGACAACAGGAAGUGAGACUGGCUGACCUGCAGCACAGAAUCACACUCAUCAAGAAGUUUGUCCACGCACGAAUGUUGUAUGUGGAGGAUCCUGGUGAGGCGGUGCAGUUGUGUGAAGCGCUGCUGGAGGAGCCGGAGUUGGACCCUGCUGUCAGGAUUGGAGAUGCAUAUGGUUUCUUGGUGGAGCACCACUGUCAGCAAGGCAACUUCCAAAUGGCCUACCGUAAGCUGGAGGAGCUCCAGAGGCUGUUGCCCUCUCAGAACGUCAGGUACUACGUCAGCCCGGCCAGCCUGGAGUCCCUGCAGAAAGAGAUGGGUGUACUCAUGGACCAUGGCGACAACAGACCCAUUGCAAAGGAGGACGAUGAAGUGGAGGAGGACUUAAAUGUAUCUUAAAUAGGUCUCAUUGAUCAUUUUCUAUUUUGUAAAACAAUAUAAUAUAUUUAUUUUCAUAUUUUUGGAUUCUUUAUUCAUGUGUAUGAAGAAUCUGCAUGUUCAAAUGCAUGAAUAUGCAAGAGUCUCAGACCGGGAACAACUGUGCAGUUUGGACGCUACACCAAGAGCACAUGAGAUUAUUAAAAACACUUCCACACUCAUUACGAGAGCUGACCUGAGAGAAUGUCUUCUACCUCAAAAGAAUAUGUUUUGACCUGCAAUACAGUGUGACUGAAAAUCCCUAGUGUGACUGAGGACAAGUUGAAGGCAUCAACACUAGAGACUAUAAUUGUAAAGCUUUGAUUUAUUUAUGCUCAUGUUAAAAUAGAUAGAACAAGAUAUACACAAGAUAUACCAAAUUCUACAGAAUGUUCACUAUUCAAAAUGUUUAACACAAGUAAUCCAGCCUGUUAUCUGUGAAAAUCCAGUCGGCUUUCAAUCCUGGAAUCCUUAAUUUUAGAGCUGCAGAAUUGAAAAAAAACAGGUUAUACCUUUGAGCUUAAUUGCUUAAUUUUAUAUCUAAGUUUUGCAUUGAAUGUGUGAUUUUCUAGAGUUUUAAUCCUGGUUCUGAUCAUGUGGUUUUCAUGCAUUUGGUAAAAAUGUUUUUUUUUGUUAAAUCAAUGCAUUAAUUGUAAGUAUUCUCUCAGUGGCAUAUCUCUGUAAAGCAUUUUUCAGCUAUUUUUGAUAACUUGUAACAAAUUCUACUUAGCACAUGUGAACCCAAUGUGUUAAACAUUACAAUGCAUUGUUCUGUUACUUUAA